CAUUCUACGAUAAAUAUGAAGACUUUUUUAAUCAAAGAAACGCUUUAGAGCUUGAGUUUUUUUUCAGAUUUUGUAUUCCGUACAUGGUUUCUUUUUCCAGUUAAAAUUAGUUUAAAUGAAUGGCCAAUCAACAACAAGGAACCAACGCCAACUUAGAAAACUCUCCGGGGGAGAGUCCGACAGCUUCGAAUAGCCACUUGAAUGCCUCAGUUGUGAAGUCGGUGGAAGAGUUCGAGCAGAAUGGACUCAUCCGGGAAGUCGGUAGCCACGCUGUGUGGUCACUUUCUUCGUGCAAAUCGGGCUUCGGGGUCGGACAAUUGAGGGAUGGUCUGACGACGACUUACUGGCAGUCGGAUGAACCCCAGCCCCAUGUGAUCAACAUCCAAUUCGCCCAGAAGACAGAGCUACACUGCAUCAUGAUAUAUGCUGAUUACAAACAAGACGAGAGCUACACACCCAAAGAGGUUACCAUCAAAGUAGGCAAUAACUUCCACGACUUGUGUGUGGUGGACAAACUAGUGCUGGACGAUCCGUCUGGGUGGAUUGCGGCUCUACUCAAAGACAAAAGUGAUCGACCAAUGAAGACGUUUAUGGUUCAGAUUUCGAUCGAGGGUAACCACCAGAAUGGGAGAGACACUCACGUGAGACAAGUCAAAGUCUACUCGCCCUGCAAGGAAGCCAAUCUGGACAUAAUGCCCUCUUUCAAUUCAGUGGAAAUGAGCAUGUACGCAGUCUGUAGAUAGGCAAACAGCGAGUGCAGGUGUGAGUUUUGUACGGAGGAUGGAGACCAAUACUGCGACUUUGAAGUCUCCACUAGAAACCUAGAGGUGAAAUUGGAGCUGGAACUACGUUGAUGGUUAAAUUUGGAGAAGAUUUAUCACUGGUGUUCAAUCGCUUCUAGAACUAGAAAAUUGAAUAACUCUUGAGAUUUUUGAAAUAAAUUUUGUUAAAUAAUUAAUUGUUUUAAAUUGU